AUGAAAGUCUGUCACUUGGGCGUAUCAUCCUUUCUACACAAUUCCGUAACAAGACCAAGUGCUCAAGAAAUACGAUCGGAGAAACCUGGUCUUGUAAAUAUAACAGCGACGGUUACGAGGGCGAGUCUCAAUAUUUCCACGGCAGCGAGGGCGUAUCGUUGUUAUAUAUAUAAUGCAAGUAAAGGUAAUAUAAAGGAGAAAGGACCUUUCGUAUCUAAUCAGCUUUGUCUGAUUCUUUGUAUCCAUCAACAAAACCCUCAAUUAAACCCAAAUCCGAAACUCGAGUUAAGUAAUUUACAAUUACAACAGGAUAACAUAUAUUUAUCAACACAAUCCAUUAAUUUAAUAUUUUCACACAAAAGAUCCAAAUCAUUUGAUAUUUCUUUAAUUCACUCUUAUAAUGAAGAAAUAAACAACUUUAUAGUUAAAAAAUUCGGAGUCCUGGAAAUUCUCAAGCAUGAAGAUGACACUGAAAGACAUCUAACUCUGGGAGAGAAUCUAGACUUUCAGUGCAAACGCGGGUUUGUGGAGUGCCCGUUCUGGAGAUCGCAGGCGCUGGUGUCCACGUUGCGCUGGUUUUGCCCCAGCAUUCAACAUCCAGCGUUCAGCACUCAGUAUAUUGUUGGAACCACAGCAAGUAAGCUAGUGCCAGUAGCUGCUCUGGACUCAGUACUCAUUGUCAGUUGUGCAUUACCUUUGUGUCAGUGUAGGAGGUCUGUGUCGCGCGUGCUCACUGAAAAACUUGUAAAAAAUAAUAGUUUUCGUUUUUUUGGAUUUAAGUAUUUACUGGGAAACAACAUUGGAUUAAAGUUACAUGCUCCUGGAUUACUUUACGGUACAAAAGAAAGAAGAGAUCCUGGAUAA